UUCUUCCUUUUCCUCACUCUUUACACUCUCCUCCCUUCUUAGCUUCUGUCACUGCGUCUCUUGCAGGGCUCUGUCCCCUAUGAGCUCCCAACAAACAACAAAACAACAACUGCCAAUAACUUAGGGUUUCUUGAAUUUCCUCCCCCACCCCCUCUGAGAUCUCUCCUUCCCUUGAACUCUCACAUCAUAAAGUAACAGAGGAUCCAAGGAAUUUCUGUGUUUCAAUGGCUGUCUGAUGAGCUCACCCCCCCUUUCCCUCUUUGUACCUUGGAACCAUCAAACAUUUAACAGAUCUUGAAAGACCUCUCACUGUCUUUCUCUCUGUCCCUUCUCUCAGCGUACAAAAGAUAAAUGGCAUCUUCUUCUUCGUCUUCCUCGAGCUACUCUACUUCGCCCUGCGCUGCUUGCAAAUUCCUGAGGAGAAAAUGCCAGCCCGAAUGCAUCUUCGCACCCUACUUCCCACCAGAGGAGCCCCAGAAGUUUGCGAGCGUCCACAAGAUAUUCGGGGCGAGCAAUGUGAGCAAGCUCCUGCACGAAGUCCUCCCCCACCAGAGGGAGGACACGGUCAACUCCCUAGCCUACGAGGCCGAGGCAAGGUUGAAAGACCCGGUCUAUGGCUGUGUAGGGGCCAUCUCGGUCCUCCAGAGACAAGUCAUUCGGCUACAGAAGGAACUAGAUGCCACGAAUGCCGAUCUCAUCCGGCACACGACGAGGAGAAGGAUCAAUGGUAAUAAUUCUGGUCAUCGGAGCGGGGGAGAAGGAUAUGAUCAGGGCCCGGGAAUAAUAUACUAUCCUAACUAUCAUCAAUGGAAUUGCAAUGGAGGAUUUGGAGAUGGGCAUCAAGGGGAUGGAGAAGGUAAUAAUAUGUAAAAAAAUUCAGAGUAUUAUUUGGUGAAGUAUUUAUAUGCACUAGAAGACACAAACCUUUUUAGGGUUUCUUUUGUCUUCUUAGUGAACUUUAAAUGUGGACGAUUAAUUUUCAUGUGCUUAAUGUUACAUAUGUUCCAUAAAUGUUUGAAUA